AUGUGUAAAUAUUUAGCGUUAGUGGUGCUGGUGGUGUUCACUUUGGGUUUGGUAGAGCCAACCACAGCCAGCGAGUGCAGACGGGUUGGGCCAUGCUCCUGUGAAUUCAUCGACGGGACCGGCAUUAAUCUGCAGCCACUAAUAGACAUCGGUGCCCAACCGUUGCACGCCAACGAAACGAACGGAGAUACGUACUAUUUUCACCCAUGCAGUGACAUACAGUACACGGCGGAUGAUAAUAAAACGAUCACCAACGAUUGCAGGAAAGGAUACACGCUUUGCAAGUUUGAAGCGGCCAACAAACGGUUGGUACGGUUGGGUGAGCUAAAGGAAACGCAAUUCACCACCGACGAUGGGCUUUAUCUUAGCUAUAUCAAACCGAGCCAAAGUAUAACGCACGUAAAGUUGGCAUGUACCACCGAUAAGAAGUCGUACUUUUUCCCGGAUUACACCAACAAUAUCACCACGCAUCUGUUGCUUUUCUCGCCAUACGCAUGUCCCAUCGUGAUGGAAGAUUACAGCAAACCCAGCACCGGCACGGUACUGUUGAUAAUGCUGUUUGUGGUCGCCGUGUCGUACUUCCUCAUCGGUGCGACGGUGAACGCAUUCUACAUCGGUGCACGGGGAAUGGAGAUCGUGCCGCAUGUGGAUUUCUGGCGCGAAUUGCCCAGCCUGGUGCGGGUGAGUGUGUUGUACGCUUUCGGUCACACCAACGAAAUCGUGCAUUGA